AUGAUGCAUGUUACAAAUUUAGCUACUACUAGAGAACUAGCUGGAAAGGCGAUGGAUCUUGUUGCCUUGCAGAGCUUCAAGUUAAAGAUUAUUCAUGAUCCUCACGGGGUCCUGAACUCAUGGAAUGAUUCUCAUCACUUCUGUGAGUGGGAGGGCAUUACAUGCGGUCGCAAGCAUAGAAGAGUCACCGUCCUAGCCCUAAAUUCAAGAGGUUUGUUUGGCUCUCUCACUCCUUACAUUGGCAACCUCAGCUUCCUGAGGGAUAUUGAACUGUAUAACAACAGCAUCCAAGGUGAAAUUCCUAACGAAAUUGGCCGCCUGCAAAGGUUAGAAUCUUUAAUGCUGCAAAAUAACUCCCUGGUGGGUGAAAUUCCAGCAAACUUGUCCCGUUGCUCCAGGCUAGCAUUCUUGUAUUUAGGACGUAACAAUCUAGCGGGGAAAAUUCCAUCGGAGUUGGUCUCCUUGUACAAUCUCAAAGAAGUAACUCUACAUUACAACAAGUUGAUAGGAGGCAUCCCACCUUUUCUUGGGAACCUUUCCUCCCUGGAAGUUAUAUCUAUGUCUUACAUUGGAUUGGGAGGAAUUAUUCCAGAUUCAUUGGGUCGACUGAAAAAUUUAACACAGCUUGGACUCGGCGGAAACAACCUCUUCGGUCCAGUCCCGCCUUCCAUGUACAAUCUUUCUUCCCUUGAAAUUUUUUCUUUGUCUGAGAGUCAACUUCAUGGAAGUCUUCCAACAAAUUUAGGGCUUACUCUUCCUCAACUGCUAUAUUUUCAAAUCUCAGGAAACUUAUUUAGUGGAUCCAUACCAGUUUCUUUCUCCAAUGCUUCAAAACUUCAGUUCAUUGAAAUGAUUUCUAACAAUUUUUCUGGAAAACUGUCCGUUGAUUUUGGAGGCAUGAAAGAUCUUGCAUACCUAAACGUAGGCAUGAAUAACCUAGGAAGCAGUGAAGGUGAUGAGAUGAGUUUUAUCGAUUCUUUGGUCAACUGUAGCAAUUUGUGGUCUUUGACUUUAGCUGAAAACCAAUUCAGAGGAGCAUUGCCUCAUUCAUUAGCUAAUCUGUCUAAACUCCAAGAUCUAGUCAUUCAUGCCAAUCAAUUGUAUGGAAGUAUCCCUCCAGGGAUAGGUAAUCUUGUUAACUUAGAUAUAUUAGCUAUGGAUAAUAACCAAUUUACAGGAACACUUCCCGAAGAAAUGGGUAAGCUUCUGAAAUUACAGAGGAUGAUUCUUUUCAACAACCAACUCUCGGGACAAGUUCCUUCCUCUCUUGGAAACUUAACGUUGCUUAAUGAACUUCGUAUAAGCAACAAGAAGUUAUCAGGAGUCCUUCCUUCUAGUCUAGGAAAUUUGAAACAAUUGUCUGUUCUGCAUCUUUUCCAAAAUAACCUCAAUGGAACCAUACCAAAGGAGAUCUUCGAUAUAACCUAUCUGUCAAUUUCACUAAAUCUUGCCCAAAACCAUUUGGUCGGAUCCAUACUCCCAAACAUUGGUAAUCUAAAAGUUUUAUCAGAGUUUGAUGUGUCAGACAACAACUUGUCCGGUGAAAUUCCAAGUGAACUCAGUCUUUGUUCUAACCUUGAAUACCUUAAAAUGGAGAGCAACUUCUUUCAUGGAUCUAUUCCUCCAUCUUUGAGUUCUUUGAGAGGUGUUCGAAAUAUUGAUCUUUCUCGUAAUAAUUUGUCUGGAAAAAUUCCAAAAUUUUUGGAGGUUCUCUCUUUGGAGAAUCUAAAUUUAUCCUUCAAUGAUUUGGAGGGAGAAGUACCAAUGAAAGGAGUUUUCGCAAAUGCAAGUGCAAUAUCCGUUUUUGGAAAUAGUGAUAGACUUUGCGGGGGCACAGCUGAACUUCAUCUGCCUAAAUGCAUCAAUGAUGUUUCCAAGAAAGAAAAUAUGUCUCCAACAUUCAAAAUACUGAUCUCUAUUGCAACUGUCAUUUCAGGAUUAGUCAUGGUGUUGUUUUUCAUUUUUUGUUUGCGUAGGAAGAAAAGAGAAAAUCAAAAUUCUGAAUCUGAACCAAAAACUCUUUUGAAAGUGUCUUAUGAAAUGCUACAUAAUGCAACCAAUGGGUUUUCUUCAACAAACUUGAUUGGUGUGGGUAGCUUUGGCUCUGUGUUUAAGGGUAUAAUUGAUGAAGAUGGAACUAUUGUUGCAAUCAAAAUACUAAAUCUUCAACACCGAGGAGCUUCCAAGAGUUUUGUGGCAGAGUGUAAAGCAUUGAGAAAUAUCCGUCAUAGGAAUCUUGUCAAAGUCAUAACUUGUUGCUCAAGUAUUGAUUUUCAGGGUAUAGACUUCAAAGCUAUUGUUUACGAGUACAUGCCAAAUGGAAGUCUUGACAAGUGGCUUCACCAAGGUGCAGAAACGGAAGAAGAGCAAGCUGAAGUUCAAAAUCUUACCCUUGUUCAGAGGAUAAGCAUUGCAAUUGAUGUAGCAUCUGCUAUAGAUUAUCUCCAUCACCGUUGCCACAUGCCAAUCAUCCAUUGCGACCUAAAGCCAAGCAAUGUUCUGCUAGACAAUGACAUGACAGCUCAUGUUGGGGAUUUUGGGCUAGCAAGGUUUCUUCAAGAAGUCUCAAUUCCAAAUCAAAGCAGCUCUAUUGGAGUAAGAGGAACAAUUGGCUAUGCAGCCCCGGAGUAUGGCCUUGGAAGUGAGGUGUCAACAAACGGGGAUGUCUACAGUUAUGGGAUCCUGAUGCUGGAGAUGAUAACAGGGAAAAGACCUACAGAUCUUAUGUUUGAGGGAGGGCUUAAUCUUCACAAAUUCGCUAGAAUGGCCUUGCCUGACCGGGUGAUGGACAUUGCGGAUCCAGUGCUUCUAAAUGAUGAUGAAGAGGCGUCUGCAACUAACCAUAGGUUGAGGGCAACAAGAGACAAGAGCAGAAAGGACUGUCUCAAUUCUAUGGCAAAGAUUGGAGUGGCAUGUUCAAUGGAAUCACCACAAGAUCGAAUGAACAUAACAGAUGCUGUUCAUGAGUUGCAACUGGUGAUGAACAUCCUUCUUGAACAUAGAACUUUGUUCAACAGGCUUACAGCUUUUGCUAGUUCUUCCAGUUUGAUCACUAGGGAAUUGGCUCAAAACGAGACAGGUCUUGCUGCGUUGCAGGCGUUCAAGUCAAAGAUUAUUCAUGAUAUUGACUUCUGCACCAUUCUAUGA